AGAAGAUUUUUUAUGUGCUCGCUGUCUCGUCAGUCGUCUUGCACGUUCCGUAUAGUGAAGUUGUACUUGUACUAUUUAGUUCGCUUAAUUAUGUGCGGGAUUACUAUUCCUGAUGUUAAGUCAGUGUUUGUUGCGGGGGUGCCGAUCGUUCCGGAUCCCGUGAACCCAGGUCCUCGCGUGGGCCUUGCUGCCGUAAUAGACCGAUUGGGUCGGCAGGGUUUACUUGUUCCUGGUCGCGGUCGUGGUCGUGGUGCGCCUUUUUCUGUGAUGCACCUCCGCUUUGUUCAGGAGGGUCGUGGCCGCGGUCAGUUAGACGUUCCUGACGAUCCGAAUCGGGGGAAUGUCCGUAUUUUCGGUCGCGGUCAUGAUGGAAUCUUGGACGGAUGGACUCGGGAGGAUAUCGUCCGCGUAGGCGGUCGCGGUCGUGCUCAAAUCCUGGCUGUCCUCCGUCUAGGUGAUCGUGGUCGUGGUGUCAGUGUUAGUGAUCCACGACCCGGCACUUCCGCCGAUUGAUUUUUUAGUCUUUUCUUUAUUAUUAACUUUUAGUGUUAGUUUUCUAUUAUUUUAUUAUUAUUUUUAACUUUUUAUUAGUGCGGUAAAUAGUUAUUAGUGUAGUGUAGUUUAUUU